GGGAGGGGACCGGGAUCAGGGCUCCUGGGCGCGGGGGGAGGGGACCGGGAUCAGGGCUUCUGGGCGCCGGGGGAGAGGGGCUGGCGGCCGGAUUCCUUCCCCUAGAAAUCCCUGGCGGAAUGGGCGCCUGGGGGCGUGGUGGUUUAAUUCAGCCACGGGUCUCGGUGGGAAAGGUCGCGCCCGGCCGCAGGGUCUGUGCGGGCGAUGCCUGCGCCCCCUCCCCCACCCGAGACUUCCCAGUCGGCCUACCCCCUCCGUCCCGGCACCGAGGCUGGAGGGGAAUUCCCCUCGCGUGGGGAUUCCGCGGGCGCCAAGCUCGGCCGCCCGCCCCGCCUCCGAGCGGACACCUGGCUCCGCGGCGGGAAGGGGAAGCGGAAGGUUCCCUUGCGUGUGCGCCGUGGCGUCAGCGCGUCGCGGCGUCAGAGCGUCGCCCCCGAGCGGCUUCCGAGUCCGGCCGCCCCCGCUCUCUUAACCCUUCCUCGGCUGGAACCCGGAGGGAGGGUGCGGAACUCCUGGGUUUUCCCGAGGCUGAGGGGGCGGGCCUGCCCCUCGGCCUCCCAGGAGCUGGGGACAGUGGCUGGCGGUGACCCCGGAGAGCGCUGGGAGGCCUGGUUUCCCGCGGAGGAUCAGGGCGGCUUGUUGGGAGGAGACGUUGGGAACCUGGGCCCGGGCUGUGAUGCCAGACAACCCCCGAGGCCUCAGGACCUGGAGGUCUGGAGGGGGGAAUUUUUUGCGGAAGUCGUGGGGGGGUGGCAGAGGGCAUCCUCCUCCCCCGUCCUCAGUUUCCACGACGCUGGUGGAAAGUUGGCUCAGAGGGGAAAGUGCGGAGCAAAAGGAAGGAAACAGCGGGGGUGGGCGCCGCACCCGAAACCGUAGAUUGGUUUUGGAGUUCUCGGGUGACAUCAGUGUGCCAGUUCUCCCGUGCGGGACAGCGAGGAGCGGCUCAAAUCCCCAGACCCCAACUUGUGUUCUGAUGACUUCUCUCCCCUCUACACCCCUUCACCCUCCCCUCCUCCCCGCAGUGAGCCGUCAUGAGCGCAGCCACUGCCCAUCGCAGACGGUGAAAAAGCUCCUGGAAGAACAGAGGCGCCGCCAGCAGCAGCCUGACGCCGGUGGGGCACCGGGACAGUUCCCCCCUCCCCUGGCCCAGCCCCUGAUCCCAUCUGUGAACGAGGGGGAGGUUGGCCAUACUCACUUCCCAGGCCACCAGGAGGCUGUAGGUUCUGGACUUGGCAGCCUGGCCCCGACCACAGGCCUUCCAGACUGGAGCCCCAACACCCAUGCUGCCUACACAGACAGUGCCUACUCUUAUCCUACUUCUGCUGCUGAAAGUUUCCUGACUUCUGACUUCUGCCCAUUCUCGGACCCAGGGCAGCCAUAUCCAUUUCUCCUGGGGAUGGAGGACCCCCUGGAUACCCAGCUUUAUGCAGAACCUUCCCUGCCACAGGUGGGAUCCUGGAAAGGUUCUGGACUCCCUUCGCGACCCCCUCAGUUACCCUCUUUGGUCACUGGACCAUCCCUGGACACAGCUCGUGCUCAUAUGCUGGCCUUGGGGCCACAGCGGCUACUGGCCCAAGACGAGGAGGGAGACACGUUCCUGCACCUGUUCGCAGCUCGGGGGCUGCGUUGGGCAGCAUACGCUGCAGCUGAGGUGCUCCAAAAGUACAGACAUCUGGACAUUCGUGAGCAUAAGGGCAAGACUCCUCUCCUGGUGGCUGCUGCUGCCAACCAGCCUCUGAUUGUGGAGGAUCUACUGAACCUGGGAGCGGAGCCUAAUGCUACUGACCAUCAGGGACGUUCUGUCUUGCAUGUGGCUGCUACCUAUGGCCUCCCAGGAGUCCUCUCGGCUGUGAUUAACUCAGGGGUUCGGGUUGACUUGGAAGCCAGAGACUUUGAGGGACUCACCCCCCUCCAUACAGCCAUCCUGGCUCUCAACGUUGCUAUGGUCUCACCUGACCCCUGUCCCCGGGUGCUGAGUAUUCAGGCCCGAGACCGGCUGUCUUGCGUCCAAAUGUUGCUGCAUAUGGGUGCUGACCACACCAGCCAGGAGAUCAAGAGCAACAAGACUGUUCUGCAUUUGGCUGUGCAGGCUGCCAACACCAUCCUAGUUCAGCUGCUGCUGGAGCUGCCACAAGGAGACCUGAGGGCCUUUGUCAACAUGAAGGCCCAUGGGAACACAGCCCUCCACAUGGCAGCUGCCCUGCCUCCUGGGCCACACCAGGAGGCCAUAGUGCGUCACCUGUUGGCAGCCGGGGCAGAUCCAGCAUUGAGAAACCUGGAGAAUGAGCAGCCCAUCCACUUGUUGCGGCCUGGGCCGGGCCCUGAGGGGCUCCGGCAGCUGUUGAAGAGGAGCCGCGUGGCACCCCAAGGCCUGUCCUCUUAGGACUCAAAACCCAGAACCUGGACUGAUUUUCCAGUCCCCACCGUCCUGUGGGACAGCCAGCGUAUGCUAAUGUUGCAAAUCCAUGAUAAUGUAUGUGGAAUGUCCUGCCAUUGGGGUUUUACAUUAAAACCUCAAAGUGGCUGCUGUGGUGGGAGUAAACAGUCCCCAAUAUUUGGGGUGAUGUACUAUCCCUCUCCCACCCAUAAGGAGCCCCCUUGAUGAUUUCUGUGAAAUUGAAGCCCCUUGAUUGUUUCUGUGAAACACCCUGAACACCUACCCCUAUCCUCACUUAGCUCUUCACACCCGGAACCUGAGAUGCAAUUCCCCUACAUGGUACUUGGGGCAUCCCAAAACAACUCCCAGUAUUAUCCCAAAAGAGUUCUUAAGAUGAACCCCCAACCUCUUCAGGUCUUUAACCUUAGGUCCUACUGCUUUCUAAUUCAGAAUUCAACCAAACCCCUAUCUCAGACCUUUGCAUUUCCAAUGAAUCUCUUUAUGAAACUCCCUAUUAAACUCAAUUUGGGCCCGGCU